AUGACCCAGCUAGAAACCCAACAGCACGACUUGCUCAACCAAGUACACACCAUUAACCAGAGCAACAAGACCGCACCCAUCAGUAUCAAGAUUCGUUUACCCUCGCCCUUCUCUGGUCAAUCGGCCUCGUGUAAUACAUUCUUCACACAGCUCUCACUAUACUUCGCUGGUAACCCUGGUUACGACAACGAUGCCAAGAAAAUCUUACUUGCCACCUCUUGCCUGACUGGUCCCGCCUAUGCAUACAUCGAGCCAUACUUAAGAAAACUAGACGCUCUUCCCCACAACAAACCUGAUGUUCUCACCUCGUACCAAGUAUUCGUUGACACGAUUACCGCUGCAUUCGGCGAUUCCGAUCCCACCAUGAGCGCCGAACUCGCACUUCGUCGUUUGAGACAAACAAACUCUGCCACCGCCUAUGCCACCGAAAUCCGUCGU